AUGGAUUUAGAUACUACUUCUUCUAUUGUACCUAUUCAAAAUCAUAUUGUAUUAUCUAGAGAUGCCUCUUCCAUGCAGAUACCAGAACUAGUUAUUGAACCUGUCCUAGACACUUCUUUACCAGUUUUAUCACAUUCAAAUCUACCUACCUUUACACAAGGAUUGUCUAGAUCCAAGCCUACCGUUGUACCUUUAGAUCAGAAUGUGAAGUUCACUUCCAUGCAAUAUGACAAGCUCUUUAACAUCACUACUGAUUCUCCACUGCCUGAUCCUCAUCUUUAUCAAAGAUUGGUGGGCCAACUUCUAUAUCUAUUUCAAACUAGGCCAAAUAUUAGCUAUUCAGUCAAUUUGCUUAGCCAGUUCAUGCACUCCCCUACAGAUUCCCAUAUGGCAGCAGCUUUGACAAUAGUUCGAUAUCUUAAACAAGCUCUUGGUCUUGAUAUCCCCUCCACUGUUGGGUCUAAGGUUUUGAAGAAUUAUUGUCCUCCGUUCAAUGCCACUGCCGUUCAGAGAGUCAAGGAAUUGAGUGGGAUUGUUCUGGGUAAGACCAAUUUGGAUGAGUUUGGGAUGGGCAGCACCGCUGAAGCUUCUGCUUUUCAGUCCUAUUUGAUUAAUGUGUCUGUCAAAUGGGUGAGAAUGUUUCGCAUUAGCGUGUUUGAAUAUGGAAAGACUGCCCUUCUUGAGCUUGGUGAUGCAUGUGUUGAUUCGUUAGGUGACAGCGAAUCCUUGGGAUGCUUCUUGGGUUCUGGAGGAUCAUCAGGAGGCUCUGCAGCAACUGUUUCUGCUAGGCAGUGUGUAGUAUCUCUGGGAAGUGACACCGGUGGAAAUGUAAGACAGCCAGCUUCAUUUUGUGGUGUUGUUGGAUUAAAGCCAACAUAUGGCCUUGUCUCAAGAUUCGGACUUAUGGCAUAUGCAUCAUCACACGAUGUCAUUGGUUGCUUUGGUUCAUCUGUUGCUGAUGCUGGAAUUCUUCUUAAUGCAAUUUCUGGUCAUGAUAGACUUGAUGUCACUAGUAGCAAGCAAGGAUGUGUCCCUAACAUCUUCUCCUUUUUCUUCUUCAUUCUUCUGAGAAGUGUCACUGAUUUCACAACUCAAUUUGUUUUUGAUGCUCAUUUGGAAUCCAAACCAUUGAAAGGGCUGAGGGUUGGUCUCAUUCGUGAAACUCUUGAUAAUGGUGUUGAUACUGGAGUAAAAUCUGCAAUUCUUGGUGCUGUUUCCCAUUUAGAAGAAUUAGGAUGUACUUCGUCGGAGGUAUUAUUGCCAUCCUUCUCCUUCGGCUUACCAGCCUACUAUAUUCUAGCUUCAUCUGAAUCUUCUUCCAACCUAUCGCGUUAUGAUGGUGUCAGGCAUCAAAACCAAGCUGUUGCCGAUGACCUAAACUCACUAUUUGGAGAUUCCCGUGCUAAAGGAUUCGGCUCUGAGGUUAAAAUGAGAAUAUUGAUAGGAACAUAUGCCCUUUCAGCUGGAUAUUAUGAUGCAUAUUACAAGCGUGCUCGGCAGGUGAGGACCAUAAUUCAGAAAAGCUUCAAGGCAGCUUUGGAUGAAAACGACAUUGUAAUUUCUCCUGAAGCUCCAUCCGCUGCUUAUAAGAUUGGUGAGAAAAAAAAUGAUCCACUGGUAAACGUUAACUUGGCAGGGCUACCUGCAUUGGUUUUGCCAUGUGGGUUUGUAGAUGGUGGACCUGUUGGUCUCCAAAUGAUUGGUGCAUCAUUUGAUGAGGUACACUCUAAUGAUAUUCAUGACAAUUCAUUUUUUCAUUUUGAUAAGUCGAGUCCACUGCAAAUUGCAACUUCUGUUGUCUAG